GGUUGUAUCUGAUUUGGAGUGGUUGUUAGUACGUGUUGAUUUCCAUUAACGACGAUGUCUGGUCGAGGUAAAGGCGGUAAAGUGAAGGGGAAGUCUAAGUCACGAUCUAGUAGAGCUGGACUUCAGUUCCCAGUUGGGCGUAUACACAGGCUGUUGCGCAAGGGAAAUUACGCCGAGCGUGUCGGUGCUGGUGCACCUGUGUAUUUGGCAGCUGUGAUGGAGUAUUUGGCUGCUGAAGUUCUGGAAUUGGCUGGUAAUGCUGCUCGCGAUAACAAAAAGAGUAGGAUCAUUCCUCGGCACCUCCAAUUGGCUAUACGUAAUGACGAGGAGUUGAAUAAACUUCUGUCUGGUGUUACUAUCGCACAAGGUGGAGUGUUGCCAAAUAUUCAAGCGGUACUGCUUCCUAAAAAGACUGAGAAGAAAGCUUAGGUGAUAUAUAACAAAACGGCCCUUUUAAG